GCCCCUCUAGUUCUAAUUUUAGCUGGCUCAUGUGCCAAGAGCUGGUGGAAUAAUUUCAAAUUUAAAAAUAGAACUUAAAAAUUUGUAAAUUUGGGUGAGCACGCAGUGCUUGACUUUAGUGCGAUAAAAAAUGGAAAUAAAACUUUUGUCGUGUCCUUUGUGUCUCAAGCCGCAUUUCCAAGGCGUUGAGUCUCUGCGUUCUUCUUUAAUAAGUGCAGCAACUUCGCACCUCACAUGCCCCGUUUGCAAUGAGUCUCUCUUAGGGCUGGACAAGCUGACUAUACACUUGUUCACCCACAUCAGCGAAAGUGUCAGUAAAAAUGAAGAAAGUGUGAUGGAAAAGAGCGAAAAAGAAAUCAACGAAAGUAUUAAUAGCUUGAACGAGUCAUUGGUAGAGAGCGACAGCGAGCGCAUUAAAUGCGAUAUUUGCAACUUCACUUUUACAGACAAAACGAUCCUAGACAUGCACCAGAAGCUCUUACACCAAACCCCACCUGAUAAAAACACAGGUCUUUACAGCUAUCACUGCCACUUGUGCAGCAAAAAAUUUAAAAAACGGGGAAGCCUUAUGGUGCACCUCAGAGUUGCACAUUACGGUUUUGGCCACCAAAACCCGCAAGACAUGACCAUGGAAGUCGCCACGUCUAGCCCAACCGCCGAACAAGUCAAAAUCCAGGACAACAAGCAGUGGGAAUGCGACGUUUGCUCGAAAAUGUUCACGACGAAAUAUUUCCUUAAAAAGCACAAAAGGCUGCACACUGGAGAAAUGCCCUAUUUUUGCGCCCAGUGCAACAAAUACUUCACUUUCCAACAGUCCUACCACAAACACAUGCUGUACCACUCGUCGGAAAAGCCCUACGUUUGCAACGAAUGCGGGCGCGCUUUCAAGGAGCUUUCCACCCUGCAGAACCACGCCAGGAUUCACUCAGGGGAACGGCCUUUCGGUUGCGAAACUUGCGGCAAACGGUUCAGACAGCGAGUCUCCUAUUUGGUCCACCAGAGAAUUCACACCGGAGUUAUGCCGUACAAAUGCACAGCUUGCGACAAAAGCUUCCGGUACAAAGUGAGCCAGAGGUCGCAUAAGUGCCCCGCCAACCCGCCAGGCUCCGUGGUAAAAAUUCCGGAACCCGACAAAAAUCAAAAAGAACCAAACGUGAAGUGCAUAAUGUCCGUGGAUUACAACACGGGGAACAUAAAUUUCAUCCAAGACAACCACCCCAGUGAAGUUAAAGUCAUGUAUUUGGAGCCGGAAAAGAGCGAAAGUUCACCGCCAGUUUUUGUAACAGAACAGCCGGAUUUGUUUUCGAUGGUUUUGUCACCGCUUUUGCCAGACGUUGAGUCGCUUUGCCUGACAAACAGCCAGAAAUUUGAAAAUAAAACUGAAAGCCUGGACAUUAACGAGGAAUCUUUAAAGGAGUUGCUGUACGGAGCAGAUAAUAAAUAAGUUUGUGUACGAUUUUUAUGCUUGAUUGUAAUAAAACUAUUAUUGGUACUUUAA